AUGAAUGUUACUUUUUACUGGCCACUCAGCUGCCCUCAUCCAUCACCAUGAUGAGUUUCAAUUGAAUGUGUGGGUUGAAAACAGAAUCUCGUGUGCUUUUCUGUUGCUGGCGUGAUCCAGUUUUUACUGUGAUCUGAUUGGCAAGUGUACUUGUAAUUAAUAUAAGUGGCAGUACUGUAGAUUGGAUAUCUCAGGAGCUUCAUUGUUAUUCAGUGGUUCCCGAUUUUUUUUUAUUAUGACCCUUUAAAGUUGCUUGUAUCAUUCAAACUUUUAUUUUUUUGUUACCUUGUUUUAUUUUAAUGUUUUAGAGUCAUGUACAGUCAUUCAGCGAUUCGCCUCUGACAGUACUGCUGUGCCUCAUGAUUUUCCAGUGUAUAUUCAUUAUAAAUUGCAUGUAUAAUAGAGUGGCUUUGAUUUUGGAUCGUCUCCAUGAACCCCAGCGAACACACCGCCUUUAAACAUAAGGAUGAUGUUUCCAUCACAUUCCAUGCCAUCUUCAUCAUCCAUCCAUCUACAGCUACAUUAGAUUUUUGACCCUUGCGUCUGUACCUGCCUCAGAAGGAGCUUGGGGACAGGAGGCCCCAGCCGAGCUUAGCCUCUGAGGAAGAGCAGGAGCGGGACACUGUGGCCUGCAUGAGGGAAACCCACCUAGGCAUCGAACGCAAAUGCUCCAGCAUGACGGUCAGCUCCACGUCCAGCCUGGAGGCUGAGGUCGACUUCACCAUCAUCACAGACCUCCACACUGGCGUGGAGGAUUUCUCUAAAGGCAUGUCGGAGCUGGGAGAGAGGGAGCGGCAGCCUGAGGUGGGCCGGGAGGACUUUGAGGAGACCUCCAGGUUCUACUCUGCCCGUCUGAUGGGCUCCCGGGACAAGUCUCCCAUAGAGGAGAAGCUUCCUGAGGAGGGAGCACAUCAUGAGGUAGACAGAUGAAUGUGUUCAUCCUUCAUCCUCAUCACCCGCUGGAUUCACCCUGCUUGGUUGGACUUGGUACCAUAACUAUCCGCGUUUUUUUUUUUGUUGUUUUUUUUUUCGUUGGACCAUUUCCCAUAGUUUGAAUUCAGUUGCAUUUUGUUCAUAUUUAAUUUGGUCUCUACAUGUUUUAUUCUCUUUGUUGAUGCGUCACUGUAUGAAUUUUUCACCCAUUUUAUAUUUGUCAGUUGCAUCAGUGUUUCUUUGAAUUCCCCUGCCGCCGCAUCAUUUGCAUUUUGACAUCAACCCAAACAGUCCAAUAAAAAUUGUAUUUCAGCUUUUGUUCCUUUAAGUUAACAGUAUGUGUGGUUUUUCCAAGGUCUUCAGAGGUCAUGCUGAGAAGAAAUUGGUUGAUGCUGUUUGACUUUACUGUA